GUGAUAAAUAGCUUAGAGGAUUUGUAGCUAUGGAAACAAGCGACUCUCAGCGGAAAAGAAAAUCCAGCGAUCAAGAAGUUCGUGAAACGUUGCAAAAGUUUUUAUUAGCAAAGAAAAGAGCUCGGACUGAAAAUCUGAAUGACCACGGCUUAUAUGGAGCGGGAAUACAAGGACCAUCCACAAGCACUUUGAGCAUGAACAGAAACACGGGUUUCUCAGCUAGAACUCCAUUACAUCUUGACCUACCGCACUUUAAUCACCAGGACUUGAACGUCCGAUUGGAUAUGCUUGGCACUGAAAAGCAUUUAGAUAAACAGGAAAUUGGCUAUCGCCAGCAAUUUCUUCUUCAGAACAUGUCGGUUGACGAUGACAAUGAGCCUAGGAAAUUAUUCACUUUGUACGACAUAAAAGAUGACGAAACAUCAAAAAGUGCUUUAGAAGCAAAACGCCGGCUACGAUUUACCAAUGUUCAUGCCCUAAUUUGCCCACAAGAAAAAAUGUUCCUGACCACUGCUUGCGACUACUUUCUUGCAAUUUAUGACGAGCUGAUAGAUUAUGUUGAAGCAAUUGGAGAGUUGAGAAAUAAGCAAAUAAUUGUCGAGCACUUCUACUACAAGUUGUUUAUGCACACUUUGAAAAUGUUCUACUAUACUGACAAAGGAUGGAGGUUCAAUUUGGAGUUUGAUGAGUUUUUCAGCGGAUACCUGCGGAAAUACAGAGAACCUAUUAUCAACCAGAUGACGCGAAACUGGAAUAAUGCAAAGAAAGCUGCCCGUGAAGCUGCAGCAAGAAAUGCGGCCUCGCUAACGCUACAAAUUGAUGAGCAAUGAUAUUUUCAAACAUCUGAUACCAAUCUGUACAUUUCGUAUAAAAUACCUGCCCCAAAAAUGUUAACCAUUUUGUGAAGUUUGCGUGACCCUUUUUGUCUAUAUAAGGCUUAGGACUAGUUUUUUAAAGCCUGAUAUUUCAAGUAAAGUUCACGUUCCAAUUAAAUUAUCAUUAAAAAAGUGAAUGGAUUAUGUUAUAUUUUUGGCGCAGGUAUACUACAUAACUACCUGAAUAUAUUGACCUCUUAUCGAAAUUAAUACUUUAUGAAUACCUUAUCAUUACUGCAAAUAAACAAAACAAAAACAAAAA